AUGGUUGUCUCGUGUCUUCUUGGGCUGAUUAAUAUCGGCUCCGAUGUGGCGCUGAAAGAUAUCCUAUCCAUGGCUGUGUCUGGCCUCUACCUCUCAUACCUAGCAGUUGGAAGCCUGCUUCUCUACCGGCGUGUAUGUGGCCACAUCCGCCCCAGUAGUGAGUGCGAGGAUACGACUGUGAAUGUCCCCAAUGCUCCGUUAGUAUGGGGGCCGUUCCGAGUUCCUGGUAUUCUGGGGAUGGUAAACAACGGAUUUGCUGUUUGCUACAUGAUUAUCCUUUUGGCCCACGAAAGCCGCGGUGGAUUAUAA